CUUUGAGGAUCAAUCCCCAGUUCUAACCCUCCUCUGGUACACCGUGUUAUUCUCUACGAUGAAUCCCAACAGUCUACCUGGGCAUGUCCUCUUGCUGCUAAGUAAUGUGCUGGGCCUGAGUGUAGGCUUUGAGUUUACUGGCUCUGAGGGUCAGUGGGCUCGCUACCUGCGCUGGGAUGCCAGCUCCAGAAGUGACCUGACAUUUCAAUUGAAGACGUCAGAAUCGGAAGGCCUGCUGCUCUACUUUGACGAUGGCGGAUAUUGUGACUUCCUGCUCCUCAGGGUAUCUGAGGGUAAGCUGCAGCUUCGCGUCAGCAUCGACUGUGCUGAGACCACCAUCACCUCUGAUAAAAUGGUGAAUGACAGCCGCUGGCACUUUGCAGCCAUCAACAGGCACAAUUUGCGGACUGGCUUGGCCUUGGAUGGCCAGACCAAGACGGCAGAGGUGCGGCCUCAGCGUCAGUUCAUGAAGAUCGUCAGUGACCUCUUCCUUGGAGGGCUCCCAGGAGACAUCCGCACAUCUGCCAUCACCCUGCCCACUGUUCGUGAGUUACCACCAUUCAAGGGAAUUAUUAAAGAUCUCAGUUAUGGGAGUAAGCUGCCCACACUCAUCAAUAGUCAGAAAGUACGCUUGGAUAUGAUGGGCCUUUGCACAGAGAACCCCUGUGAGAAUGGUGGGAUCUGCUCACUGGCAGAUGGAGAAACCUACUGUGACUGCUCCAAAACUGGAUAUGUAGGUCGAUACUGCACUGAAGAAGAUGCCGACAUAGAAGGUGUAUGUCUGGUACUUCAUGGUGAUGAAGCGAGGGAGGAGAAUGUGGCCACCUUCCGCGGUUCAGAGUACUUCUGCUAUGACCUUUCGCAGAACCCCAUCCAGAGCAGUAGUGACGAGAUCACGCUGUCCUUCAAAACCUGGCAACGCAAUGGCCUCCUCCUCCACACGGGGAAAUCUGCAGACUAUGUCAACCUGGCACUAAAAGAUGGGGCUGUAUCUCUCGUCAUCAAUCUGGGUUCCGGGGCCUUUGAGGCCAUCGUCGAGCCAGUCAAUGGAAAAUUCAAUGACAACACCUGGCACGACAUCAAAGUGACACGCAAUCUGAGACAGCAAUCAGGCAUUGGACACGCUAUGGUGACUAUCUCCGUCGAUGGGAUCCUCACCACCACUGGCUACACCCAGGAAGACUACACCAUGCUGGGCUCCGAUGAUUUCUUCUACGUGGGUGGGAGCCCCAGCACCGCAGACCUGCCUGGAUCUCCAGUUAGCAACAAUUUCAUGGGCUGCCUCAGAGAGGUGGUGUACAAGAACAAUGAUAUCCGCUUGGAGCUGUCCCGCCUUGCUCGCAUCGUGGACCCAAAGAUGAAGCUCCAGGGUGACAUUGUCUUCAAGUGCGAAAAUGUCCCCACCCUCGACCCUAUCAACUUCGAGACUCCUGACUCCUACCUGGCCUUGCCGAAAUGGAACACCAAACGUGUGGGCUCCAUUUCGUUUGACUUCCGCACUUCUGAACCCAAUGGGUUGAUACUCUUCACCCACGGUAAGCCCCAGAACCGACGGGAUGCUAAGGGCCAGAAGAACAACAAGGUGGACUUCUUUGCGGUGGAGCUUCUAGAUGGAGGGCUGUACCUGCUGCUGGAUAUGGGCUCCGGGACUAUCAAGGUCAAGGCCACGCAGGCCAAGGUCAAUGAUGGUGCCUGGCACCAUGUGGACAUCCAGAGAGAUGGUCGCUCAGGUAUCAUCUCAGUAAACAGCCGCCGGACCCCUUUCACAGCCAGUGGAGAAAAUGAGAUCUUGGACCUAGAGGGGGACCUUUAUCUGGGUGGUCUGCCUGACAACCGGGUGGGAUUGGUGCUUCCCACUGAGCUCUGGACUGCUAUGCUUAACUAUGGCUACGUGGGCUGCGUCCGGGAUCUGUUCAUCGAUGGACGAAGCAAGGACAUCCGGCAGAUAGCUCAGUCCCAGAAUGUGACUGGCAUCAAGCCUUCCUGUAAUAAAUUGUUGGGGAAACAGUGCGACAGCAACCCCUGCAAGAACAACGGGGCAUGUAAGGAAGGAUGGAACCGCUUCAUCUGUGACUGUACGGGGACUGGCUUCUGGGAUAGUACCUGUGCGAGAGAGGCUUCAAUCCUGUCUUACGAUGGCAGCAUGUACAUGAAGAUUGUGAUGCCAAAGGUCAUGCACACCGAGGCUGAGGACGUCUCCCUCCGCUUUAUGUCCCAGCGGGCAUUCGGCCUGCUCAUGGCUGCCACGUCGCGUGAGUCAGCAGACACGCUGAGGCUCGAGUUGGACAGCGGCAGGGUCAAACUGACUGUCAACCUAGACUGUGUCAGGAUAAACUGUAACACCAGCAAGGGACCUGAGGUUCUUUAUGCUGGACAAAAGCUCAACGACAAUGAGUGGCACUCAGUACGAGUGGUCCGCCGCGGUAAAAACUUCAAACUCACUGUGGAUGACGACAUGGCUGAAGGUCAGAUGGCGGGUGACCACACCCGCCUGGAGUUUAACAAUGUGGAGACGGGCAUCUUGACUGAGAGACGCUUUGUCUCUUCUGCUCCGUCUUCCUUCAUAGGGCAUCUUCAGAGCCUGAAGUUCAAUGGCAUGCAGUACAUUGACAUGUGCAAGAAUGGGGACAUCGACUUUUGCGAGCUCAACGCCCGUUUUGGCAUACGCUUUAUCAUCGCUGACCCUGUGACCUUCAAGACCAAGGGCAGUUACUUGGGCUUGGCCACUCUGCAGGCCUAUACCACAAUGUACCUCUUCUUUCAGUUCAAAACCACCUCGCCUGAUGGUUUCAUCAUCUUCAACAGCGGAGACGGGAAUGACUUUAUUGCUGUGGAAUUGGUGAAAGGGUUUAUCCACUAUGUGUUUGACCUGGGGAAUGGGCCAAGUCUGUUGAAGGGGAACAGUGACAACCCACUGAAUGAUAACCAAUGGCAUAAUGUGGUCAUCACACGGGAUGUUUCCAACACACACACGCUUAAGGUGGACUCAAAGUCAGUUACCCAGAAUGUCAACGGAGCCAAGAACCUUGACCUUAAAGGUGACCUGUUCAUUGGAGGUCUGGGACCUAACAUGUACCAGAACCUCCCUAAACUGGUGGUUUCUCGGGAGGGCUUCCAGGGCUGCUUGGCCUCAGUUGACCUUAACGGCCGCCUACCAGACCUCAUCAAUGACGCCGUUUUCCGCAGCGGGCAGGUUGAGCGUGGCUGUGAAGGCCCAAGUACAACCUGCCAGGAGGAUUCGUGCGCCAACAUGGGUGUGUGUAUCCAGCAGUGGGAGAACUUCACUUGUGACUGCUCUAUGACAUCUUACACGGGGACUCACUGCAACGACCCUGGCACCACCUACAUCUUCGGUAAAGGAGGGGGUCUGAUCACAUAUACGUGGCCCAACAAUGAGCGGCCGAGCACACGGACGGACCGGCUGGCAGUGGGCUUUAGCACUACCAUCAAAGACGGCAUCCUUGUCCGCAUCGACAGUGCCCCACGUCUAGGUGACUACAUCAUGCUCCACAUUGAGCAAGGCAAAGUAGGUGUGACUUUCAACAUUGGGACAGUGGACAUCAGUGUUAAGGAGACAACAACAGCAGUAAACGAUGGCAAAUACCAUUUGGUCCGAUUCACCAGGAACGGGGGCAAUGCCACUUUGCAGGUGGACAACUGGCCAGUGAAUGAGCACUUUCCCACAGGCAACAGCGACAUUGAGCGCUAUCAAAUGGCAAAUAAGAAAAUCCCAUUCAAAUAUACCCGGCCAGUAGAAGAUUGGCUUCAGGAGAAAGGCCGGCAGCUGACAAUCUUCAACACCCAGGCGACUAUCUCCAUUGGUGGAAAUGACCGGAAACGGCCCUACCAGGGCCAGCUUUCUGGCCUCUACUACAAUGGCCUCAAAGUCCUCAACAUGGCUGCUGAGGGCCAUGCCAAUAUAAAGGUGAACGGCAGCGUGCGGCUGGUGGGCGACGUGCCAGCCAGUCGGGGUGCAGCACGCACCACCACCUCGGCACCGCCAGAGAUGUCCACCACCUUUAUCGAAACCACCACCACCCUGUCCACCACGACCACCAGGAAACAGCGCUCGCCUCCCACUAUUCAGACAACAGAUGACAUUGUUUCGUCGGCGGAGUGCUCCAGUGAUGAUGAGGACCUAGAAGAGUGUGACUCCGGACAUGCAGGAGGGGAGUUAGUCAUCCCUGUGCUAGUCGAGGACCCCAUAGACAUCCCUCCUGUAUCCACCCGUUCUCUCUUCAUCCCCCUCCCCCCAACCCUCCGCCCCGUUCUCACCAUUAUUGAGACCACCAAAGAAUCCUUGGCCAUGGCCACUGAGGCGGGGGUACCUUGCUUGUCGGAUCGAGGCAGCGAUGAUUGUGAUGAUGGUGAUGGUGGUGAUGAUGGUGAUGAUGAUGAUGAUGAUGAUGGCAUGGUGAUUUCGGGGUUUGGCUCUGGCGAAGCUUUUGACUCUAGCCUGCCCCCAACUGACGAUGAAGAUUUUUACACCACCUUCUCCCUGGUAACAGAUAAGAUCUUGACCACAUCGGCCUAUGAAGGUGGCUACAAAGCCCUCGCACCCAAGUGGGAGGCCAAGGACUUGAGGCCUAGCAAAGCCUCUGAGGCAGGUAGGACUACACCCACCUCGCCUCUACCCAACCUCCGGGGCACGCCAACGGCGGUGGUCCCCUCGGACACGCCACCCAAGCUGCCCGCUGGGAAAAUGAACAACCGCGAGGUAAAACCCCCACAGCCAGACAUAGUCCUGCUGCCCCUACCUACAUCCUUCGAUCUGGACGGCACCAAGCCACGGGGCCCCUUCAUCACCUCACCCAUGCUGCGCACGGUGCCUGCGGCCUUGCCCACAGUGCCCAGCGUGGUGCGGCGGGUGCCCCCGGGGGCCUCAGAAGUGAUCCGGGAAUCCAGCAGUACCACGGGCAUGGUGGUGGGCAUUGUCUCAGCUGCUGCCCUCUGCAUCCUCAUCCUCCUCUACGCCAUGUACAAAUACAGGAACAGGGACGAGGGUUCCUACCAGGUGGACGAGACGCGCAACUACAUCAGCAACUCAGCGCAAACCAAUGGCACUGUGGUUAAGGAUAAAACAUCCAGCGGCAGCACCAAAGGCAGCGCCAGUAGCAAGAGACCAAAAGACAAGGACAAGGAAUAUUAUGUAUAGAAAUCAAGUCAUUUCCCAACACAUAAAAAAUAAACUGUUUGGAACAAACAUUUUGACAGUACCAUAUUGGCAACUGUGAUUUAAAAAGGAUAAAAUCUCCUGAGAACUCAAGACUUACUGAGUCACUUAAACAUUUACAAAAUAACUUUGGCUUAUGGAAGCACACUUACUAUUGUAAGCAUUAUGGAGAGACAAUGCAGUACAACUUCACCAGGACUCAAUGUGGACCUUUUUAAGGAGUCCCUGCUGGAGACAUUUGGCAGUGUGAAUAACAUCACUAACAUCCACACGACCCCAAGUGACUCUCUUUCAAGAGGUGUGUGAUCCUUGGAGUUCUAAUGACCUUGUCCGUUGUAACCCUGUAAAAUAUGAUCACUGUCAUUUCAGCCAUUCUGAGCAUGCAAGUGAGGUGUAUGUGACGUGGUGCUGGCAUCUGUGUAAGUGAGGGACCUCAAGAAACAAUGAUUGUCAGGAAAGUUAGAAGUCAAAACAUGAUUUUGCAUUACAAAGGGUUUCAUUAAAUGUAGCUUUCAUGGAUGCAAUAUGAGGUAAAUUAUGUGUGUACUUAAAGCAGUCUUUUUAUUUCUUUUUUGUUUGUUUUUUAAAUUUAUUCACGAUAAUUUCUUUAUUUAUUGAAUUAAGGUCUUUUUUGAAGGAUGAUUUCCAAUCAGGCUUGAUUAGGCAGUGCUCAGUGACAGCUCAGCAGGAUAUGAUACAGUAAUGUAUCUCAAUAUUUUGUCUCCCUCCCUCACGUCUCAGCUGAGGAUUGAACUGCUAUGCAUGGCAUCCAAAUUCUAGAUGGUGUUCAAGUGUGCAAAAGUGGACCCACCAGGCAAAUUGCACAAUACAUUGUAAUUUCUCAGAAUUUUAAAUCUCUGAUAGCAUUUUUCUGUUCUUUCAUUAAAUUUUUUUUGGUCCAGUUUUCUUUACAUUUCCUGAGAUACUGUGACAAAAUGCAUUAUCAUAAUUUUUGUCUGGCGGAGAUUUAAUUUUUGCAUUCUUAAACAAGAAAAAAAUCCAGGCUAAAAACUUUCUCCAGUGUGAACAAGUGAGAUUCUAUCUGUUGUCACAGACGACUGUGUCAAAACAGCAAAUAUGUUUACAUAUUUUAUUACAUCAUAGCCGUUGUGCUUUGCAGUUAAAUAUCGUACAGAAAAUUCAAGUUUCUGUUCAGUUUUUUUAAACCCUCUUCUUGUAUAGACAGACCAUUUGAUUUGAUUUUUCUGCUGUAGCAACAUGACAGAGAAUCAUUUUUAUUCUUUUGCCAGGAACGCCUGGAGAUUUAAAAAAAAAUGAUGUGGACAAGAGCAUUUCUAGGCAGGAGCAAAUGUUAGAUUAGAAUUCCAGUCUCUCUGGAUGGUGUUUCUUUUCAGUCACAUGAAUAUUUGACCAUCAGAAGCUGUCAAGUCAAAUAGAAAACACCUCCCUCAGAUCUUGUAUUAGGGACUCCUCCCUAUUCUGAAAUUACUUUAAUCAUGUUAUUUAUUUUUUUAUUGGAAAUUUAAAAAAAAACAAACAACGAGAGAAUAAAGACAGAUUAUGAUGGAUUUGGAGAUCUAUUGCUAGUAACUUACUGACUUAAAGGUGUUUUUUGUUUCUUUCUUCCUUUUUUUAACUGUGAUGUCAAUGUUCUCGUCUGCUCAACUCGUCUUUUUGCAUUACAUUUUUUUUGUUUUUCUGUUAUUGUCUAUCUUAAUUUUAUGUCUCAUUUUUAUGAUAUUAUCCUCUGGCAAUAUGUUGUUUUUUUAUGUCAUUAUUUAUUGCUGAAGUCAUUUGUUCUCAUUCAUUUUCAUGCAAAAUCAGUCAGUGUGUAUGUUCACUUUGAUUUUUUGUGUUGGUACUUGGCUUUUGACCAGCUAUUUAUUAUUGUCUUAUGCUCCUUUGACUCCAAACAAUU